GGAAAAGUAGAGCAACAGCUAGAUUCUAGCUUGAGAGUUUCAGUAAGCGGAAGAGGCAAGGCCUGAACCGACCUUUUGUGUAUCUCGUGUUCUGCGGCUGACGGCUAUCCCUUGAGGUUUUUUGGUUUUCUGUACCAGACCUCAGGGACACAACGACCAUGGACUUUCUCUACGGACACGAUAGAAAACUUGGUUACCUUGAAGAUGAAACAGAUAUGGUGGAUUUUUUAGACUCUAGUGACAUUUUCCACACCCCAUUGACCAGCGGCUUCCCGACCCCCGAAGAAGAGAGCUAUGAGACGGAUUGGCUGAACUCGUUCCUGGACGACCCGGUACUCAACGACCGUAUGAUGACCGACGCCAUGCAGCCCCCGUGCAUCAAGAGUGAGCACAGCUACAGCAUCUCGGACAACGGCGCCCCGGGCUCUCCUCUAGGACUGACCACACAGGAAGAUAUGGACUCGGACUUAUUCACCAACACCUCGGCACUGGACCUGACCAUGAAAUCGGUGGCCACCUCCCCGGACUUGAAGUGUGAGGUGACGAACCCAGAGGCCUUCCUCGCCACGCCCGUGAGCUCUACCGCCUCGAUCACCACCACCCCGAUCAUCUCCCCCCGCCAGCCGACCAUCAUCGUGACCACCACAACGGCAACAGCAGCAGCAGCAACAUCGCAAGCGACGACGGCGCUGUUCCAAGGCGAGACCAUCUCCUUCCCUACCGUUCAGAUCAAGCAGGAGCCGGCCGACUGCCUCGAUCAAACGCAUGAACAAACUGUGAACCUGGAGUCCAUCAUGUUCCCCCUGACCCCGCCCGGCAGCUCGGGGAGCGACAGUGACGGCAGCCAGAGCCCCCAGCGGUCAGCCCCCGGCAGUCCAAUACGCGCCAGCUCCAUACGUAUCGCCUCCCCGACCUCUGUCGCCUCCCCAUCCUCGUCGGCGCUGGGCUCAGGAAAGCCUUACACACAACCCCUUUUUGUCAACCCGGUGGUAGUCUUCUGCUUUGCCGUCUUCAUGGGGAGCAUGUCUCCUUCCACGCUUAACAUCGGCUACGCCAGCUCGCCGCCCCGGCUCUCCUUUGUCCAGCAGCCUAGCCAGGUCAACCACGGACACCACGGCGACCAUCAUCCUCACCCUCAUCCUCACCACCACCACCACCACCACCACGAACAUGACAAUCACCACGAGCCAGGGGUGAUGAUGGGUCCGCACCUCAUGCCCAGGGGCUACGGGGACUGAAAUCUCGAGUACUGAUGUCUGUGGACGGGGAGGACUAUUGUGACGACUUCCGCUCCAUGCCAUGGCAAGGCGCCAUGUCCUGCCCAAUGCCUGACACCACUGAGAAGAAAGUAUUGGAGAGAAGUGUCCCAGGCAUUGACCUGCUGGGUGCGGGCGAGAUCACGAUGGAAGUUGGCAAGACGACACCUGACACAACCGUGGUCAUGGUGGUGACUGCGGGAAACGGAGGGAGCGGAGGGAUGGAGAACACCAGCGACAGCGACGGGGCCUUCCACCAGCACACGACAUCUGUGAUGCCCGACGUCACCGUCUCGGCCAAAGAGAUGCUCGCCAGCCCCACUUUGAGACACAACAUGUCUGCCGAUGCAGAGACGGUAGCUUGAGAACACAGGCCGUCUCGACUUGCCUGCCGCAGGAGGUUGCAGAACUUUAUAGUGUUGCUAACGGUUAGCGCCUCUUGACUGAUAUGAGUCAUAGUUACUAACAGUUAUUUGCUCGAGACCGAUAUUAAAUUGACGAUUCUUACUUGCAGGUUAUCUAAUUCUACCAAGGCUAAACCUGAGAAAAUUGUUUUGAGGAAAGGGAGCUGACAUUUAAAGUAGGGGAGGGUAAAGACGUUCACAGUUUGUUUGAUGGUACUGUUGUUGCUCUUUGUUGAAAGAACAGAUUUGAGCACUUCCAUUUUGAGCAUUUUUUCACUUUUGUGACUGUGAAAUUCUUUGAAAUUCAAUCUCAGGGUAUUGCAUGUUUACAUGCUGCUCUGACCAUGUGUUAUUGAUGGUGACCAAAUUUUUCUGAGUCUGUGAACUGUACAAAAUAAGUGCACGUUCAGUCAUGAACUGCUACGGUAAAAGCAUACAGUAGAUGUAUGGGGCCAAUAUUAAGGUGGCUAUGUAAAUGGCUUUUUUGAAUUCCCGUAAUUACUUUUGUUUGCCUGUAGGGCAGUGACCUUUUGUGCAACAUUCAAUUGAAAUAUUGAAUAACCUUCUUUUAUUGACAACGUCGUUUUUAAAGUACAAGUUGCUUCCUUGUACAAAUAACGUUUUUUUAAGUUCUAAAAUCUUCAUCCAGUCAUGACUGUUUUAUCCUUUUUUUAUUUUUAUUUUUAAAGUUUAUUGCAGUUAAGUUUAAAAAAAACUAGAAGCUUUUGUCGUUUUCAGGUUUUGCAGACUUUUUUUUAACAUCAUUGAAAAACUAUCUCUAUUGACUGUUACUGGGAUGUUACAUCACUAACUCUACAGCCUUAUUUAAAAACAAAACAUUUUUUAACAAAGGCAGAAAUGUUUUUCAAAGGAAGAUGUUAGCCUUAUCGUACAUUUUCCCCCCCCUUUCUUUCUUUCUUUUGUAAAUUCAAAAGUGAUCUGAAUUUUGUGAUGAGGUACAUCUCUGAAUUACUUCCGUCACUUGAUUUGUAAGCAGUGUCUCUGAUCUUCUAUUCGGCUUGAGGAAGGUUUAGACAUAGCUCUUUUCUUCUGCAGAAGUAGGUUCCGCAGUGUUUUGAGUCUAUUAGCACAAUGGACAAGUUAAAUAAGAGCGCUUUAGGGGCUAGGUAGAGCAUAUUAAUAAAUGGUAAUGCUAUCCAAAUGAGGCACUUGUUGUUGGGUGUCCUCUGUGUUGUUGACUGAUGAGGUUCAAGCAAUAGAGUGAAUGUUAGUACAUAGAGGGGUGUGUAUGAGAAUGAGUGAAUUGAGGAGAGUCUCUGCACAGACAAAGAGGGAAGAAAGAGACUGAGAAAGAAUGGUUGGAAGUGAGAAGGUAGGAAUGAACAGUGCAAAUGGGAGGGAGAAAGUAGAGUGCAGGGAGAAUCAAAGUAUGCCGUUCAUUACUACAGAGUGAGAAAAGAUAACUGCCAUAAAUUUUGUUUUCGUUUUAUGAGCUUCAUGAUAAACCAUUGUCACUGGUCAGUCAUUUCAUGCUCACAUUGACCAUAGGGUUCAUUUUUGGUUUUUUUUCAUCCCUUUAAAAAAAAAUGGGCAUUAUUUUGAUGGUUUCAGUAAAUAGAAGCACUCAGCAGAAGCCAUAAUACGGCUGGUUUUUGUUAGUUUUUUUAAAAAUGUUUGUCUCUUACUCAGUUGUGUUCAGUUGAAAUGUCCUGUUGUCAGGGUAAAAACAGGAAAUGAUAAAUAUGAAGCUUUUCACAAUCACAUAUCAUUUCAAGUUGCUCAUAAAGGUUCUGUGUGGUUAUUGUAAUAGUGCUUCCAUGUUCGGUGGCCCCGACAGAGAGAUCAAGACAUAAUUGAAGCUGGUUUUUCCAAGAAGGGGAUUUACCUUGUAGGCUAAUGAUGGGUUGUUGUUUUUUCAGUGCAAAGUUGAGUUGCGUCUAACCCUUUCACAAUGGGGAUAGGGUUUUAGAGUGUAGUCGAAAUAUAAAAAUAUCAAGGCCUUUUCAUCUGGCAGUGACAGCGUUAUGUCUUUUCAGUAAGAGUUAUUACAUUUUUUUGCCGUCCACUUUUUAUUUAAAUUAUUUAUGAGUAAUUUCAUGGCUGUUUGUCCUCUUGUUCUUUCAUUUAGACUGGAGAGUAACUUGAUUUGUAUGAGAAGAUUCAUAACUGUCCUGGUUCGUUUUGUGGCUGAUUAGUCCACGAUUCUUUAAUUGAGCUAUGUAGAUGACUGUAUACAUGAUUAUGAUGACUUUGUCUUUUUGUUCUGCUUCUACCUUGUUAUGCUAUAAUGACUUCUCAAUAGAGAGUAGAGAAAUGUGAAGUAAAUAGUGUGCACAAAGAAGUGUACUCUUAAAAAUAGAAAUACAAAUUCCAAAAAUAUUUUGUUGAUCAAGUUUUGGACGCUCCAGUUUUUCAGUUCCUUGUGUGACAAUUAUAAUUCGUUGCCCGUCUCACAAAAGAACACAUACUGCAAGAUUGGGAAAUGAUGCAAGGACCUAGCAAUUAGUGGCACACGCCCAUGACUGUUCUAACUUAUUGUCUGUCCUACCAGCUGUCUGACCAUUUUUGUUUUCACAAACUCAAACAAACAACAGCUUUUACUUUCGUCUGCCCUGUCCUUGUUUGUCAAAUCAGAAAAUGACUACCUUAGUCAUCACAUACAUGUCAGACCGAGUAAAUUGAAUUUUCUAUUUCUUUUGGGGCUUUUUAUAGAUUGCCAGUGGUACAGAAAGGCAUGUUCAAAUUUGUUCCUAGAAUGUCUCCUCGAUGUUUAAGUAAUGGCAUGAUACUUUAGUCCUAAGCCAGGGGGGUUCUGAUUGAUGUACAGUGCAUUUGUUUUUUUCUGCAAGUGGUAAUCAAGUGAGAUACUGGUGAGAAAAUUUUUCGUUAUAGCAUUUUCACAGUCAUUAGGUUCAGCCUAUUUCAUUGUUUCAAGUUGAAGUCAUUUGUCAUUGCUGCAAAUUAUGACCAUGUCAUUCAAUACCAUGUCGUUCAUUACAUCAGAUCAUGAAAAUGUUUUUACUUGUUGUAAAAAACCAAAAAGUUUAUUAUUAUGAUAUAAUAUUAAAUUAAUAACCCUGUUAUGCUAUGUAUGACAAUUGUAAAUGUUGAUGUUUGUGUCAGUGGCAUGCUGUAAUUGUCGUGAAGUAUUGUUCUAGGGGACGAAAAUGUAAUUGGCCUCCUUUUGUUAUACUGUAUUUCCACUGACUGGCCGGCCAAAGUUCCUCUUUUAGACUUUGAAAGUGACACAAGUUUUGUCUCGCAAGAAAAUGCAAUUCUUUUGUCUCAGAGUCUUGAUUGAGCCUGUGUUGGUUCCAAAUUGGAGUGGGAAUCGUUUUUUUGUUUUGCCCUUUUACUGUAAAAGACAUUCACGUUUGCUGUAUUAGAAUUUGCCCCUGUCUGUCACAGGUCUUGUUGUAGUGUAUGUAAAUAGUUCUAUAAGUCUGCUCCUAACCUUCUUCCUCCUCCUCUCAUUGUGGAUAUUACCAUUUAUCUUUGGAACUGGAGGCCAUUGUUUUGCAAUACAGUAAAUACAGAGAUUAUGCAGUUCCCCAAUUCCUUUCCCCACUCCUCUAAUUCCUGUCAACUUUCCCUGUUUGUUCCUUCUGUCUUUAAUAUUUCGAAUUGAAUUUAAAGUGAGGGAACUAUCUACAGAAUUUCGCGGGCACAAAUUAUUCAAUCUUACAUUUUACUGGCGUCUGUGGUAGAGUGUUUAGGCGCUUUGCUGUUGCACGCAGAACGUUUUCAAUUUCCAUUUGGGGAGAAUUUUUAUCGAGUGUCUCAAUCUGUCUUCUGGGAUGUUGUAUCCCUCUCAGUUUGGGUUGGCCCUGAUAGACAGGGUGAAAUCCUGCCUUCAAUCUGAUUUACAUUGUGUCAGUGGAUAAUGUAAAAAAACACCUACGGACGACUGUUUUUAUCACGUCAGUGAUAGUGCUGGUGACCUCAAUCCAGUUUGGAUUUCUUUAGUGUCUUUUCAAACUUGAACGCUUUUGUCUUCCUUUUUUUAAAGUUUGUUUCAGCUGUUCUGUACUUCCACCUCAUGAUGAGCAGGACAAUCUUGUGGAUCGACCACAGAUAAUAAGAAACAUUUAGUGACCAUUGUAUGUAGAAAUAGCAAUGUGCUGGCCUUUACUUCUUUCAGUCUCGUUACUCCUGUAUGUAGUUCCUUAGCAGCUGUAGCUCAUUCUCACAUCUUGAUCGCAUUGUGAGUGCAAUCUUUGAGCCUUAUUUUAUAGAUUCUAUCUACUUUGCCUCCAUCCAUGAUCCCUCUUACUCUUUGUAGUUGUAGCUUUCAGAAUGUUUCCGUUUCAAAGACUUUAUUUUUAGAUGUUUUUCUGAGGUAUGGGAGUCAUUGUGAAGCCAAGUUGCUGGUACAAAGUACAAGAUGGCAGAAGAAUUUACGUAUUCUGUAGAUCUGAAGUUCCUUUUCCCUUGCCCUUCUUGUGUUUUCUUUAAAAUGUCUUUUGUACAUAGACUGGUUUUAACUUGUGCCAGGAGGUCAAAAAUACCUGAGGUGGUUUUAUGUGGGUAAAAGUUCAUUGAUUGAAUUGGGGUGGGUGGGAGGGCUAAUGCCUUUGCUGAAAGUUCUGUGAGUUUUUGCAUGUGAUAUAUCUUAUGGUGAUAUUGUCCUGUUUUCAGUAAUGCUCUCAGGAGGCUCAUUUGCAACGAAUGAUAGUCAUGCAAAAUAUUGUAAAGUGAGGAGUAAAGUUAGUAGUUCCAUUUCACUUAAUUUUCAAAAUUGAUAGUUGAAACACUUGAGCAUAAUUCUCGAAGUUUAUUUGUCAGGCUUUUACUUUCAGUGUUAAGAAAUUUCAACACUAUUUGACAUCAGUACAAAAUACCCAUGAGGGAAACUUCCCAACUACUUUUAGAAGUUUAUUUUAAAACAAUUCUUUGCAAUAGUGGUGUUAUACGUUGAUCAGUCGGAUUAGGCACUGAAAACCCUUUAUCUAUUUAGGAAAAAUAUCUUGGGACCAGUUGCAGUGACUUUGUAGCUGGUAGGAACAGACACUGAAGCUAUUAUUGUUUUAAAAAAAUUAAGUUGCAUAGCCUGAGCUGGCAGGAGUGAUGAUGAUCCUUUUGUCUAUGUGAUAAUGCUAGUCAAUGAGCUCCUCCAAUAUUUAUAUCUCCUCUUCCGUAACCCCCUUCAAGCUCUGUUGCUAAUAAUAUAAUAUGCCUUUCCUUCUUUCCUCUUCUUAUGCUCAUUUCAUGUUAUGUUAUUCUUUACUUUCAAUUUUCCCAUCCCUUGAUUGGAUGGGGUGGAAAAAUUGUAUCCGCAUACAUGUAAACCAUUCCUUAUCUUUCAAAUUUUUUAUAAACCUGGCUCAGGUAAUGUGUUUGCGUGCUUCUUCGAAUGUGUGUGCUUGUGUGUAUGCUAAUGUUGACAUGGUUCUUCUUGCAUGUGUGUGACACAUCUUCCUCUGGUUUACUUCUUACUGCAUGAUGGAAUUUACAUUUUUGAAACAUUUUAUUGAGGGAAAUGGAAAUGAGGGGCAAUACUUCAUUUUAAAAGAAUGGCUUUUGUUUUUAACAUGGAAAUAUAUUUUUGGACUGUUAUGGAUCGAUUAAUUUUUCAGCCAGUCUACAAAAAUUGUUAAUCCGUUGAAAAGUAAUUUGUCGGCAGAUUUUUCUACUUUUUUUUUUAAGCUUAAAAGAAAAUGAGUUUUUGGUUUUAAUCAUUUAAGACUUCUGAGAUUGAAAGAUUCAGUGGCAAUUUCAUUUGUAAUGCAUCUGAAGCUUUUGUAGCUAUUUUGUCCUUGGUUUUUCUGGCUGCUGUGUAAAAUCUCCUUACAGUUUUAAACAACUGUUUAAAGCUUGCUUUUUUUCUGUUAUCUAUUAUGGACUUAUUUCUACUUUUAAUUUUGUAAAUAAGAUUUUUAUGUCUACACACUACACAAUGAAAUGUUGUUCAUGUUAUCGAUGCCUUUACCAUGUUCUUCUAAAUGAUUGCAAUGCACCACACUGUGGUGGUACUCCAUUGUACAGGACUCCACAACUAAUGACGUGGGAUUUUUUUUCCUUGCUUCCUUGUACUGAGUGACAAAGACAACUAUGGAGAGCCCUGCUCAAAUAAAGGAAAAAUGGUUUUAUGUGGGGAAAUUUUUUAAAUUUUAUCUUAAGGAGAUGAUUUCACGAAGUUGGAAUAUAAUGAAUUUUAAGAUUUUGUUAGUGGAGGGGGACAUGAAAGGUUAAAAGAGCAGGGUGAGGGAGGGUGAUGCUGGGAGGAUAUUGUGAGCAUGAUUACUACAAUGUACUGUUAUUUAGGCAGUGCUGGCUCGUCAUUGUGGAGUUCUGACUCAGUGCUACAUGACUUUUUGACCUUGCUGUUUUGGUUGAGGGCUAGACUGGCGGACCUACCCAGGAGGGGGGUCCGACCUAAAAUAAUCCAUCGUUCGGCACUGCCGUGUCUUUGUACAUAGCUGACGUGUAUCAGUAAAGUAAAAAGAAAAAUUCAGCAAAUAAAAAUAUAUCAAACUUC